CCUGUUCAUUCAAUAGGGAGCUAAUGUGAAGGGGAAAAAAGUUAGAGAGGGGGAAAGCAGAGAGGAGGGGUUAGAUAAGGAAAGAAUGUAAAAAUAGAUGGAUCAAAUAAAACGGCAAAGUAAAGACUGCUGAAGAGGGCUGUAAGAACCCUCAAAGGCGCCGGUGAGACGGGGAGAGACAAAGGUAUCUGGCACCAAGGAGAAGACGGAGAACCUCCAACAGGGGAAUAAGCAACAGAGGAAAGCAGUGACAGAGACACUGAUAAUUGCUGUAGCAGCAUUCUGAAUGUUUCAACCAUGAAUAUGAGCUUCAUCUUUGAUGUGCUUCUGCUUUUGAGUCUUCACACUUGGACAGCCAUGGGAGGGAGAGCUCAGCGCAAACAGAGACAGGCUGAGGAGGACCUGAGACCAUAUAUUGGCAGAGUUGAUCCAGAAAAGCUUUGUGAGCUGCUGAAAUGUCACAGUCCAAUGGGAUCCUGGUGCCAGGUUGUUCCGGAAAAUGGAGCUCUCGUCCCAAAGUGUGUCUGUCCUCAGUCGUGUCCCCGGCAGAGGGCACCAGUGUGCAGUGUUCUGGGAAAGACCUAUGGGAGUGAGUGUUUGCUGCAUAAAGAAGCCUGCAGAAAGAGACGCAGAAUUGGACUUGCACACACAGGGCCCUGUCUGGUCCCCAGGGCUAAAUGCAGCGAGGAAGAGUUCAACCAGUUCCCAUAUCGUCUCCUGGACUGGUUUCUGCUCCUGAGUCGAAUGGGGGAGUCUUACGCACCUGCUCCCCCGCCCCAGAGCUGCCUCAGCUACGCCCAGAGGACACAACUGGCACAGCAAAGGUUUACUUUACUGGACAAGAACAGAGAUGGCAAGUUAAGCCGCCGAGACCUGAGGAAGCUGGGUUACAAGAGGAUGCCUCUGGAGCAUUGUGCCACACAGUUCUUCCAGUCGUGUGACAGUAACAGAAACAGGAAGGUGACCCUGCGAGAGUGGACGGCCUGUCUGGUGGAUCGCUCUGAGUCCUGGUUCUUCCAUUUCAUGUCGAUGAAAAUGGGCUCCCGCAAGCUGUGUCCUACAAUCAAAGACAACCGCCUCUGAUGUGACUCCUGCAUCCCUUUAUUCUUUUGUGCAAAGAGCUCACUGAAGACUUUUAUUAAGAUACAAGAAAGGAUCACACCACCCUGCCCUCUCUCUCUCUCUCUUUUCUUCUGUUUCACUUUGUGAUACAGCUUGUUAUAAAGUGAUUUAUUACAUCAUCAAAUGAGAGAGUCUGCUGGUCGUCUGCGCACUCAUGUGUGCUUAAAUGAGAUGAUUAAAUGUCUGGACAGAAUGACCGCUUGCAGUUUUAAUUACAUUAGCUGACAUUUGUACAUUUGUGCAGAGACAAUAGGCGACAUUAGGUACCAGAUUGCAUGGCAUGCUUUGAACAGCCAAUUAAAAAAGGAGAAUGACUACGAGUUGCAUGCUGAAUGGCAAACUAGAUGGGAUAUAAAGAUGAGGGGGGGAAGAGACCUAGUAUGGGGUGACCAGGUAAGAGACAAAGAGAUAAUAAAAGGGGGUGAAGGGAAAGAAGAGGGGUUAAGUGUCAGGAUGCACUGGACGAGAGUGAGGUAGGGAAGCAAAGCGACUGAAAGGAAGGAGAGAGAAGUAUAAAGUGUGUUUGUGGAAGAUGGGAGGAAGGAGGUAAUGCACUGUAAAUGGGAGUUGAGAGUAAUGGAGUAAUGCAUAAAAAAUGGAUCAGAAAUGAGGGAAAGAUUGAGAACAGAGAGUGAGGAGGGGGAGGGAUUGCUGAGAAUGCAGGAGAAGAAAAAGAAAAGCAAGAAAAAGGGGGUUUGAUGCUGCAAAAAAUCUUUCUUUACAGUUAUUUCUUUGUGAUUGAUGUAGAACAUUGAAACCAGAUGACCUCUGUCAAGGACAAAAACCUUGAAUGCAAGCUUUGCUGCCUUUUUGUA